UAUAGUUAUGCAAUGCAUCUGUAAGAAGUGUGGAAUAGAAAUCAGUGAGAGGUGAAGACAGAGAGAAUUGGGGGAAGUAGCCAGUCCAACAAUGGAAGGUGGAGACAUGGAUUCACUCUUUGAAGGGAUGGUGUUAUUCAAUCCUACCCAAACAGAAGACAACAACAAUCAUGCUGAUGGUAAUAAUUCUCAACCAACUGAAGAACCACCAGUAUCAUCGAGUUCCCAACCCCUUGACGAAGAUAUCUUCUCUGACCUCACUCUCGUCGUCGAUCCCGACGAGGACGAUCUUCAAUCUCAACCUUCUCAACACCUGCAACACUCAUCAUCUUCCUCUUCCUCCAGAAGAAGAAAACGACCCGCCUUGAGAAUUGGAUACGGUAGACACACUGUCGAUGUGGAUCCUUCUCCUCCGCCUCCUGCGUUCCCUGCCUCUCCCCUUGAUGAUUCCAUGUUUGUAGCUGAUACUCCUGAUGUUAGUGUUGCUAAUGAAUCGAUCACUGAUGCUGCUGCUGAUGUUAGUGUUGCCAGUGAAUCGAUCAAUUCCGAUGAUGCUGCUGUUAGUGUUGCUACUGAAUCGAUCAAUGCUGAUGUUGAUGUUGCUACUACUGCUGUUAGUAGUGUUAGUGUUGUUACCCAACCAUCCGAUGAAUCGGAGAGUAGACAAUCAAUAGAAGUUGAAACUUUUUCCGAGGAAGGGUUUCGGAAAAUUAAGGGCACAAUACAUGAGAAGCUUAAUCAUGCCCGUCAACUGGUCAGUUCUGUGUCUUCUGCCCGAAAGGAUGCGGUCAGGAGUAGGAGAAAGGCUCUAAAGAAUGCGAAUCUUGCUUCUCUCAAAUACAUGGAACUUGAAAAUCAAUUGGAAGAAGCCUGUGAAGCGGAGGAUUUUGAAAGGGCUGAAAAGGUUAGCGAAGACCUUUCUGUUGCGGAGAAGGAGAAACAAGUCUUUGCUAAUUUGUUGAAAGAAGCGGAUGCCUUUCUCGGUGAUUUAGAUUUGAAAUUGCAGCAGGCGCUCGAAUCUCACAUAGCUGCCGAGGAAGAAUGUGCAAUUUUACUCCAAAAUUAUGCAAUGAAUGCUGUAAAUAGUGCAGAUUUUUCCUUGAAGAAAGCAACAUCGGUGCAUUCAAAAGAAAUGGAACAAUGGCUUUCAUCAUCAGAAGCCUUGGAGGUUAAAAGGAUGGAGUUGGAAAUUGAAUCACAUUUUAUUAGUGAAGCUCAUACAGAACUUGAUAACAAUAUUGAGCAUUCAAUUGAGGAUGAUAAAAAAGAAAAAGAGAUCCUUUGUAAAAGAAAGAGCAUGCUAAUGGGCGAGUUGGAAAAUCUUCUUGCUUUAGUAAAACAGAAAGAAAAAGAGAUAGCUGACAAUGAUUCUGAUUUAAAAGCAGUAGAGUAUAAGAUAAAUAAUGUUGUCUCUGGAUUUAAAGAGAUUCAGUCAACCAUUGAUGUGAAGAAUGAUGAAUUGCAAUCUGUCCUUGCUCAAGUGAAAUUAGAGACUGAAACAUUGUCACUGAAGAAAGACGAAAUUGAUAACUUUCUCAUUCGGGAAGAAGGAAUGGGAGCAAAACUUAGGGAAUUUGCUAGGCUUUCUGAGGAGGAAGCUAAAGGAUACAUGGAAAUAGUCAAAUUAAGAAGAAGUUUGAUGUCAUAUAUAUUGAAGUCUGGAGAGGAUAAACUGAGACUUACAAACAAUGAGGAAAAGCUUUCUGGAGAAGUGAAAUUGUUUCAACAGGAGGUUUCUGCUGCCAGAGCUUCCUUGCAGGAACUAUCUUCAAGAAAGUCGAGCAUCCAGCAAGAUAUAGCAUCCUUCAAGCAGAGGAUUACUUUCAUAGAUAAGAGACUCCCAGAACUUGAAGCAGAAAAGAAAGUUGCUACUGCUGCAAGAAAUUUCAAGGAGGCUGCCCGAAUAGCUACUGAGGCUAAAUCAUUGAGUGUUGAAAAGGAGGAUAUCCAAACAGAAAUGGAUACGGCGACUUCAAAUCUGGAAAAGCUUGAGGAAGAAAUUAAAGGCACAUUUGAUAAAUUGCAGGAGACUGAGGGAAUGAUCUUAUUGAAGGAGAAAGAGUUAGCAAUGGCUAAAUAUCAAAAGCUACUUUUGACAGCUGCUACUGCUAGAGCUGAAAAAAAGGCUGCCCAAGAAAUGGGUGAUGCAGAAGAAGCUAAUCUCCUUCUUGCAGAAGCUGAGGCAGCUGACCGUGAAGCUGAGAGAAUUCGAUCAACAUACGAUUUCAAAGCAGAAGACGUUUCAAAUUUACCAAAAGAUUUGAUUUCAAUGGACCUUGUAUCAAUUAUUGAUCAAAAACAAUUGGAAAAAUUAGCUAUCACUUCAUCUGUUUAGCUGAUUAUCUAAACAAGAUUUUAGUUGAUUUACUGUAAUCAAGAUACGGCUGUUCUUAGAAGUUACUGAAGUGCAGCAUAAAUGACCAACUUUUGAGAUA